UAUCAGAAAAGAUGAGUGACGAGAAGUAUGAGAUCAAACGCAUAUUGGCUGAGAGAAAGGUCGAAGGUAAACCAGAUAAGAUGGAAUAUCUGGUAGACUGGGAGCCUACUUGGGUUUUUGACACGGAUAUGCAUGCUAAACUUCUGGAUGACUACCACUACUCAGUGGUGGUACUUGGUCCUAUGAAUACACCCGAAAACUGUCAGAAGAAACACAUCAGAGAAAUGGAUAUCGUUGUGCAGAGGGAGAGCAAAAAGGACAAAGACAACAUGAAAGAUGCAGUUAUUCUCGAGUUGAUGCCCUAUGAACAGGUGAAGAAACUCUAUCCUGAUGAGCUGUUUGCAUACAUUGAAUCCACAUGCAGUAUUCCUGAAGAAAUGUGUCAGCCCUACGAGAAAACGGAGACGAAGCCAAAAAAGAAGAGGACCAAGACGAAAAAAAGGUCAAAAUCUAAGAAUACAUCCCAAUAAAGUCGAUAUCGUGCAAAGCACAAGCAUCGAGCUUUUCUGUUGUUCGUGGUGAAGACAGCGGAUUGGUAAAGGAAGUUUUCCAAAUGUCAAUAUUGCGUUGUAUGAAUGUUCAUAAUAAUCUGUCAAACAAUGUGUAUGUAGAUCAUGUCUUUGUUGCAUUUUGUCAAUCGUUAUUGCUCUUUCAUAACAGUUCAUUUUAAUUAAGUUUUUUUACAU